GUUUAGGCCACAGACUUCACAACAAUUCGGAUGGAGUUUUUUUUACUCUUAUUGCCCGCGACGGGGCAACGAAAAGCCGCCGUCACCCGAAUCAUGUUUUGUCGGAUCCCCGUGAUUCCCUCUCGGUGCUUUUAGACCUCUCAAGCACCGGUUACUGUCCUUGUCGAGUUCGACGAGCGACUAACCCAAAGACACAGCCUACUGAGUUUCUUGCCGGAUCUUCUCAGUCGUCGCGAUUCCGAUCCGAUGGUAGAUUCUGCGAAGCAUUACUCUUGCUAGGGCUAGUGUUGGCAAACUCUCUCAGGUUGAGUCCGUAUGAGCUCCCUAACCGUCCGCGCGUAGCUGGUAUAGCCUUUAGGUUACCAGCGAAUAGGUAGGAAGAAAAAACGGUUUGUUCUCAAAUAAACGCAAAUUCAAAACGCUUUUGUUUAUCAAGAUUUUUAUUACUUAGAUGGGUGGACGAGCUCACAGCCCACCUGGUAUUAAGUGGUUACUGGAGCCCUAGACAUCUCUACGACGUAAAUGCGCCACCCACCUCGAGAUAUAAGUUCUAAGGUCUCAAUAUAGUUACAACGGCUGCCCCACCCUUCAAGC